CCGCGUCCACGCCUACCCCUGAGGGCAGGCUCCGGCGCCAUCCAGUUGCCCCGCGGCUCACAGACGGACGGGCAGAAUGGACUCCAAACUGCUGUUCCUCUUGCUCUUCUCUGCCCUGGUCGUACCUGCUCAGCUGGGCAAGCACGGGCACGGGCACGGCGACAAGCACGAUCACGGCGACAAGCACGGUCACGGACACGGACACGAGCACGAGCACCCGCGUGGGAAAAAUCCCAAAGCUGGAAAAUGGUUUGAUUGGUUUCUCAGCCCAGAACCCGAAUAUGAUUAUGAGGCUACAGAUACCCCGAGCGAGGAAGAUGACUCAGACUGGCUGUUUGAUCUACAAGAACUCCCCGAAGACGAGUGCAAUCCAAACCCGUGCCUCCACAACGGGGUGUGCGAGGUGAAGAAGGGGAAGUUUAAAUGCGACUGUCCCAGACCCUUCAAGGGAAAGAGGUGCCAGAAAGCACAUAAGGUCUGUAGGAGAAACAGAUGUGGUCAUGGUCAGUGUGUGCUGACCUCAUCACAUCCGUACUACCAGUGCAAGUGCAAGGAUCCAUAUCAGCCUCCGGACUGCAAAAAAGUGUUGCUGUGCAACCCCGGCCCCUGUAAAAACGGGGGAUCCUGCAUCGCGGAUGGGGACAAAUUUGAGUGUGCAUGUCCGGACACCUUCACGGGGAAGUUCUGUCAAGUCGGGCCGGAGGACUGCCGCGAGGGGAACGGGGAGUCCUACCGAGGACAGGUGAGCGAGACGGAGGAUGGUGACGAAUGCCUGUUCUGGAACUCCCACUUCAUCCUUGACCAGGGCACGGACCCGUUCACCAUGUUCGAAGACGAGGACGGGCUCGGACCCCACAACCACUGCAGAAAUCCUGAUGGGGAUGUCAAGCCCUGGUGUUUCAUAAGACGAAAGAGGAAACUGAAAUGGGACUACUGCAACGUGAAGGAGUGUAGUGCAUCCACAGCCAUCCCAACCGUGCCUGAAGAGAGAGGGACCACAGCCAGCCCCGAAGAGGCAACGACUGCUUCCGGGUCGGCAGAGGAAGUGACCGCGACAGGACCUGCGGAGGCAGUGACCUCACCACCACCCGUACACGUAACGACCGCUUCCGGGUCGGGAGAGCACGUGACCCCGACCGUAGUCGAUGAAACGGGAACAGAUGAGCCCAAAACCCCAGCCCCAACGGCAAAGCCCACCGAAGGCCCGGUGGCGGAGAACCAGACUGAAUUUGCCACCUGUGGGAAGCCCCAGCCCAGCAGGUUCGCGCAACGGGUGUACGGUGGGAUGAAGUCCAUCCCUGGGGCCCACCCCUGGCAGGCGUCCGUGCAGAUCCGGCCCAAAGGAUCCACGUGGAGCUACCAGCACACCUGCGGGGGGGUACUCAUCAAGCCCUGCUGGGUGCUGACCGCUGGCCACUGCAUAAGCUCGAGUAACUCGAUGAGAGUCGUCCUGGGUGGAGUGGACCUGGUCAAGGUUGAGCCUUCAGAGCAGGUGGUGGAGGUGGAGCGGGUGAUUCUGCACGAAAACUACCGGGAGGCUCCCUGGGCAGUCUACAAUGACAUUGCUCUGCUGAAGCUGAAAGGUCCUGCUGGUCACUGUGCCAAUGAAACAAAGGUUGUGAAGACCGCCUGCCUGCCCCCAUCCGCACUGCCGGACGGGACCCAAUGCACCAUAUCGGGAUGGGGAUCCACCGAAACAUCUGACUUCGGCUCCAGCAAGCUGCUGGACGCCAAGGUGCUGCUCAUCGCCCAGAGCCGCUGCAAGUCCCCCGAGGUGUACGGAGACGUGCUGGACGACAGCAUGCUGUGCGCAGGCUACCUGAAGGGCGGAGUGGACUCCUGCCAGGGUGACUCCGGGGGACCCCUGGUGUGCGAGAAAGACGAGGUUCACUACGUCCACGGCCUGGUGAGCUGGGGGGACAGUUGCGGCAAGAAGAACAAGCCCGGAGUCUACACCCGCGUCACGAAGUUCACCGACUGGAUCGACUCCCACAUCAACGCGGCCUAAAGGCCCUGGGCUCCCCAGUGCCAGUCAAUAAAUGAGGAAACUGAC